AUGGAGGCAGAUGAUUGGCUGAAAACAAUCGACAGCAAGCUUCAGAUACCUCGGUGCAAUGGACGGGAGAAAGUCCUCUUUGCAUCCCACCAACCGAUUGGGCCAGCUCAAGAGUGGUGGACUGCUUACACCGCCGCUCAUGAGGAUCCCCAGGAGAUCACUUGGGCAGACUUCCAGAACAGCUUCCGUGCUCACCAUGUCCCCGCCGGAGAAAUAAAGGUAAAGAGGAAGGAGUUCCUCAGUCUCAAGCAAGGACCUAUGUCUGUGAGGGAGUACCUCACGAAGUUUACUCAAUUGUCUCACUACGCCCCCAACGACAUCGACAUGGAUGAGAAGAAACAGGAUUGCUUUCUUGAGUGUCUUAACAUUGCUCUGCAGUAUGCCCUCUCCGCUAAGGAGUACCCCAGUUUCCAGAAGCUGAAUCAGUCACAGAGGCCGCAGCAGAAAAUGCAGAAUCAGGGUACAGGGUCGUUCAAGCUGGCAGUGCAGUCGCAGCAGCAGCAGCAACAGUCUCAUCCCAGCUUCUCGCAGCAGCAGCAGCGACCCAAUAACACCAACAAGUGUCCCAAGAAGCAGCAAGGCCAAGCCCAGGGCAACAACCAGCAGCAGCAGCCUCGCCAGAACAUAAUGUAUGGUCGUCUCAACCAUGUUGCAGUGGAGGAAGCCGAGGAAGCUCCUAACGUGAUUGAUCUUCGAUCUGGAUACCAUCAGCUAAAAAUUCGUGCUUCGGAUAUCCCCAAGACAGCAUUUGUUACUCGGUACAGUCUGUAUGAGUACACAUUUGUUGUGGUGUUCAUUGAUGGCAUCCUGGUCUACUCCAAGAACGAAGAAGAGUACGAGGAACACCUAAGGAUGGUUUUGCAAAAGCUCAAGGAAAACCAAUUGUACGCUAAACUGAGCAAAUGUGAGUUCUGGUUAAAGGAAGUUCCUUUCCUUGGCCACAUCAUAUCAGCAGGAGGUGUGUCUGUAGAUCUGUCCAAGUGGCAGAAUAAGUGGCUUUGUGUGAUAUCUGUCAGCGAGUCAAAGCCGAGCAUCAAAGACCAGCAAGACUGCUACGACCAUUGA